CUCUUUACGCUUAAAUGAAACGACAUGUCGUACUAUUCAUCGCCCCCGUUUUUCGCAUCUUUGAUCGUUGGUCCACUUGGAGUCCCGAAAAAUCAGUUGACGACUGGAAGGAGACUAUAUCUCAGGCGUUCCACACAGUCAAACGCCGAGAAAGAGAUGCCGGAGCCACCGCAACCCCCGCCUUCAUUACCGCCGAAGGAAUUACCAAUCAACCGCUACAAGUUCAUUUGGCGAGUCCUCAUGAUCUCCAAUCUUGCUCUCGGAGGUUACAUGUUUAUUGGAGUCAAGAAGCGAGAUCGUGGAGAACAUGGCACAUUGAAUCUGAAAUCUGUAGAAACAGGCGCUGAAAUUCAGAAACCUGCAGUAGAAGAGCCCUCUGUUCCUGCCACAACUCCUACAACAACUCCUACGACAACUCCUGCAACAACUACUACAACUUCUGAGACAUGGGAUAUGUGAGGGCGCAGCCGCCUAUCCCUGAAGACCGGCAACAUCAACAUUUUGAGUAGAUGACGUCAGGAAGGACGAAAUUCAAGAUGAACAAUACUGAGAAGAAACAAAGCGAUGAAGAAAAGACAAUCUUAAACAGUUAGAAUCUUAUACAGGGAAAUGGAUCUUUAACUAGGUUGAGUUCAGCGGAUUGCUUUGUUACUAAUUUCGAUUGUGGGCAACAUGUUUGCAACAUAUUGUCAUGUCAAUUUUUGCACGACAUAACGAUGUCCCUUGUGCAUGAGAUUUAUCUGUAUUGCGAAAUAAUAGAUUAUUCUUUUUUC